AUGAUAAAAUCAUAUAUCAAUGUGGAUAUUAUAUUGAUUAUAUUAUUAUCUGUUCAUACAAUUUAUUGUCAAGAUGAUCCACUUACGAAAUUGGAAUCAACAAUAAUAUCGCAUGGUGGACAGGUAUUAAGAAUAACAGAUUCACAAUACCAUGCAGCAGCUAUUCUUCACAAUAGAGUCAUACAAACAUGGCCCAAUAUGUUGAUUCGUCCUGCAACAUUCGAUGAUGUAUCUUUAGCACUAUCAACACUUUCUUCUCUUAACAUUCCUAUUCGUAUUAUGGGAGGUCGACACAGUUACGGUGGUUAUUGUAGUCACCAAGGUAUAGUUACUGAUUCUGUCCUUUUAAAGGGUUUAAAAAUCGAUUUGCAAAGUGAAACAGUAACAAUGGAAGCAGGUGUUCUAUGGAAUGAUAUUUAUAAAGUUUUAAAUGGAUCUGAACAUAUUAUUGUAGGUGGCUUAUGUCCAGCAGUAGGUGUUGUGGGUUUUACAGUAGGAGGUGGUUAUAAUGCUAUGUAUAGUCGUUCAUAUGGCUAUGCAUCAGAUAAUGUUCUUAAUUUUAAAAUGGCAUUAUAUAAUGGAACUAUUGUCACAGCAUCAUCUACAAUUAAUCCGGAUUUAUAUUGGGCACUUCGUGGUGGUGGAGGUGGAAAUUUUGGUUUUGUUUUAGAAAUGACUCAAAAAAUUCAUCGAAUCAAUCAAACAAAUUUACCAAAUGGUCAAUAUUUAUUUCUUAAUCUAACUUGGGUCAAUACUGAUAUAAGAAAAGCUCUCAAUAAUUGGUUUACUUUCAUAAAAGAAGUUGUUGAUUUUGAUACUCGAAUUUCAUUUAAUACUAUUGUAGUUAUAACAAAUUCAGGUAAUUUUCUUACGAUAUGGUGUUCAUUCAAUGGUCCAGAAGUAGAAUUUAAUUCAAUAUUUGAUUCAUGGUUAUCUAAAGAUCCGAAACCAAAUCCUUACAAUGUGGUACAUUAUGCACAAAUUGAUAUAGCCAGAGAACUUGCAGUCCCAUUUCCUGUACCCAAACGAGAACAUGUCUUAUCCGCUAUGGCUAUUAAUAUCACCGAUGCUAUGUUAGAUGUUAUUUUAGAAUUCAAACCAAAUUCUACUCAUCAAAUUGAUGCAUGGACAGAUUUUGUUUAUCUACACAAUGCAAACAAAGAUAAAAAUACAGCCUUUGCUUUUCCUAAUAUUUCAUUUGACAUUGCUCCUGGAGUUUCAUGGCUCGAUGCUGAUUUUGAUCCGCUUGCAUUAGAUAUGGCUCAAACUAUGGAAAGGAAGUUAAUUGAUGCAGCAGCAUCUACACAUAGUAUUCCUGGAGCAUAUCUUAAUUAUAUUGAUCCAUAUUUACCUAAUUGGGAAAAAAUGUAUUAUAGAAAUAAUUGGGAACGUCUCAGAGAAAUUAAUACUAAAUAUGAUCCUACUUGGUAUUUUAGAUUUCCACAAGGUAUUCCACCAUAUUUUUCAGAAUCAAACAUAUCCAAUAUAAAUAACAACAAUAUUAUUGUGAUGGCUAUUCUUAUUAUCAUCUUAAUAAUACAAACAUUUUAUUUAAAUCAAUAA